AACUAUUAUUAGAACUCAAAUAAAAAUAACAAGUAAUUUGAAUAAUAUCCAUUGUCAUGUAAAGAAAUAUGAAGCUCAUAUGUUAUUAUAUUAUUUUAAUAAUUACAUUACUAUCAUUCGCUGAUGGAAUAGAUGAACUUUAUGAAAUCGACUGCGAUAACCUACGCAUUGGACAGUAUAUUUGUCCACGUCCAGAUUAUGAUUUAAUUGAUCCAAAGACCCAACAAAUUAGAGGCUGUACCAAGGAAAAUAAAGCCAAAGUUGAAUGUUUAGCUGCAGAUGGUUUGAAAUGUAUUGAAACUAAAAAUAAUACCUUUAAAAAAGAUAUACCCUGCAAGUGGACAAAUGGAUAUUCAUUUGAAACUGCUGUCUUGUUAUCAAUAUUUCUGGGAAUGUUCGGCAUUGAUCGGUUUUAUCUUGGAUAUCCAGCGAUUGGAUUAUUAAAAUUAUGCACCCUUGGUUUCUUGUUCAUUGGACAGUUCUGUGAUGUUAUACUUAUAGCAACUCAAAUAGUUGGUCCUGCUGAUGGAUCGCAUUAUGUUAUGCCCUAUUACGGAGCAGGAGUAACUAUAAUAACAAGUGAUGAAUCUACGUACAGGAUACCACAACAAGAUUGGUGAAAAAAUGAUUAUAGUAUUUUGUAUUUCUUUAAAAUGGCUUUAUUCCCUUUAAAUUAUAAAAUAAGUUUUAUAUGGA